GUCCACUUCAGGUUCGGUCUAACUUGAACGGCGCAUACUCUGAGAAGUCAACUUCCAGGUCCAGCAGCGGAAUUCUGCAGGCGGACCAGACCAGACAGUGACCGUACGCACUGUCGCUGCUCUACUCCCUACAUUUCUAUGCCUGUACCUGCUACGACUUGUUGCAGUCGGAGGGAGGCAACCGUCAAAACGUACUGGAAACAGUGUUUCUGAACCGUUUUUGUGAGAAAUGCGCCCGGUUUUAUGCACCGUUGCCGAGGUGCUCCUCGCAGAUAUUCAGAAAGCAUUCGAAGAAACAUCUCAAAUUCCUGACAACCUGCUGCUGGCGCUCAAUUUUGUCUUUGGACCUUGUGCUCUCCAAGCUUUGGACCUGGUGGACCAGCGCUCCGUCACCUGUCUGGUUUCUCCAAGUGGACGCAAAGCUUUUCAGGUAACCGGAGGGUCUGGACACGUGUACACCUGCUUCUUGUCUUGUCAUUACUGCCCCUGUCCAGCCUUUGCUUACAGUGUGCUGCUCAGGAAUGAGAGUCUGCUGUGCAAACACAUCCUGGCGGUCUACCUGUGUCAGGCUAUGGGAGUGUGUCAGCUGGACAGUGUGUCUGACUCGCACAUGUCUGCGUUGCUCAGCAGGAUGCUGACACAAUGACGCUGGUCCUGUACUUCCCCUCCACAACACUCACUGUGUGGGUCAUGGCUGGACACUAAUGCUAUGCUUAGCCCUUUCACGAAAUCUCACUUGUGGCUGCCCCUCCAUGGGAGGCUUUUUCCUGAAGCUCCUGAAGCAGUGACCUUUUCAUCAACGCUAAUGGAAAGACACCUAGUAUUGAUUCGAGUCAGACCUCGGUGCUGAUGACCUGACAGACACUUGGCAUGUGCUGCUCACCAGUGCCUCAUUGUUGUGUUUCACGCCCCAAACACAGAGCGCUGGGGUCUUAUUGUUCCAUUGAAACGUGAAUAUGAAUAUCAUUCUGGAGUUUCUCUGAACGUCUGGGGCGUUGAAUCAACUUUUGCCUUUGUGAAUCCCUGAACUGAAGAUCUAAUGGUGUUCUUGGUGAUUCUGAAAAUUGCACCUCCAUUCCUGAAACACACAUGGAAAGUAGUAAUGGAAGGACUGAGUGCAGAGUCAUAAGGCUGAGUGGCAUUAUACCUGCUCCUCUACAUUACGUUACAUUACAUUACGUGUAGCCUCCCAAGGUCACCAUACUGAGUGUCACACUUGGUUUGCUUGUAAAAAGCCCAACCCAAGGCUUCAUCUUUAAAGCACAUAAUAGAUUGUUUCUUUGCAUUUCAGAGUUGAUUCUACUCAUCUUUAAUGUCCAUCCUAGAACUUCAAUGCUGGUCUUCCUAUUCUUUUUCUCCAGUACUUCCAUUUCUUUUUCUUUUCCCCAGUGGAA